AUGCCAGCGUCACCACGUAACGUUCGCUUCACAGAGGAUCCAUCAGCACAAAUAUUCGCUGACAGAGCACAAAUGCAGUAUCGACCGCGAGCCAUCGGCCAUCCACGUGGCUAUGGUCCGCGAAGCACCCAGGAGUCAUUGACGCAGCUCGAUGAAGCGACUCUUGAUUUGCUCAAGCUCAGUUCUGAGCCUGACAAUCUAGCUACUCCUAUUACAUUCACGAUUAAUCCAACUGCUGAUUAUUUACCUAAAGCCGCUUCCACCAGCUCUGUGAACAAGGUGAUUCGAACUGGGGCUAGUGGUCGUGCACGUGUGGAUCAAGUUUUUAACUGGGCUGUAGAAGAUGAUUACCAGGACGUCACUCGUGCUUCACGUCAACAGCUAGGUAGUGUGAAGGGGAAUCGAGAGCGCGCUAGCGGCCUCUCACCGGAGGCGAUUCGACGCAAUGAAAUGCAGAUUCGAAGUGGCGUCGCCGAAGCUCGUGACGAACAACAAGUAUAUGGCUUCAGUGCUCCGCAGCCUCGUCGUGCCACCGAAGAGAUGAAUGGUGUCGUUUACCCGAUACCGCUUAAUGCGCACAUGGAAGAGUCACCCAUGGGAUCAUCGUUAUCACGUGGACUGUCUUCUCCACUGGGUUCACCGCCUCUACAACUAGGACGGGAGAAACCUCUUCUAGAAUAUCAGACGCCCACGACGUCACCAAUGAGCACCAGACGCACCGAAACCAUCAUCGACUACGAACAAAAGAAACAUGGUCCUCCCGUGGUACGAACGACAGUUGAAGGAAAAUUGAAGAUGGAAAAAAUCGUGGGAGCCGACCUGAUUACGGUCGACAGCUGUGUAUCAGGUGCAUGGACUGUGCGUGAUACAGUAACCAAUUAUAAGAUCAAAACCACCAUAGGAAAGAAAAGUCUGAUUUUGGAAGAGAUGAAAGACGGACACUCAAAGUUUAAGAUCACUUUAAUUGAAAACGGCGAGACAAAAAUGGAAAGAGAAGCGACUCUAGAAGUUCCGGAAUUCAUGGUUCGUAGUUUCGUAGUGUUAGCUGGUGUCAAAUGCUCUUAA